AUGGUGGCGCGAGGAGGUCAUCAGGGCGGGGAAGAUAUUGAUGAAACAAGUGCCAAACAUUUAUUGGAUAGCAUAGGGGAAAAAGUGUACAAAAAAGUGCAUGGUGCUGCUCUACAACGUAGUAAUGGUGCGUUGCAAGGAAUUUUGUCACUAGCAACAUUUGAGAAAAAACCAGAGACUCAACAAACACCAAAAGAUCCAUGCGACCUUAAUCAUAAAUAUCAUACUACUGUUACCAGUGGUUAUGAUAAAGAAAAUCCUUGUAAGGAUAGACCAGAAGUUCGAUUUUCUUAUACAGAAGGAGCAGAAUGUAAUAAGAGCAAAGUAAAGGGUAAUGAAGGUAAUAGUGAAGGUGCAUGUGCUCCAUAUAGACGAUUGCAUGUAUGCGAUCAAAAUUUAGAACUAAUAAAACCAAAGAAUAUAACAACACAUAAUUUAUUGGUGGAUGUGUGUCUUGCUGCAAAAUUUGAAGCAGAGUCAUUAAAAACAUAUCGUGGAAAAUAUCAACUAACUAAUCAUGGUUUCCAUACCAAUAUAUGUACUGAGUUGGCACGAAGUUUUGCAGAUAUAGGAGAUAUUAUUCGCGGAAAAGAUCUAUAUCGUGGUAAUAACAAAGAAAAAGAUAGAUUAGAAGAUAAUUUAAAAAAAAUUUUCAAGCAAUUAUAUGAAGAAUUAACAAAGAACAAUAAGAAUGAGGCGAUAAAAACUCACUACCAAGAUGAUGAUCCAAAUUAUUAUAAAUUAAGGAAUGCUUGGUGGGAAGCUAAUAGACAAGAAGUAUGGAAAGCUAUCACGUGCGGUGCUGGGGGUUCUAAAUAUUUUCGACACACAUGUGGUACAGGAACGCCGACUGAUGAUAAAUGCCGAUGUGCGAUAAAUGAUGUUCCUACAUAUUUUGAUUAUGUGCCACAGUAUCUUCGCUGGUUCGAGGAAUGGGCCGAAGAUUUUUGUCGUAAACGAAAACAUAAAUUAAAAGAUGUUAAAACAAAUUGUCGUGGAGAAAAUGGUACAGAUCGAUAUUGUAGUGGUAAUGGAUUAGAUUGCACAAAAACUAUUAGAGCCAAAUAUAUCUAUGCUAUAGGUAGUGAAUGCACUAAAUGUUCUUUUUUGUGUGGUUUUUAUAAAAAAUGGAUAGAUAACCAAAAAAAAGAAUUUCUAAAACAAAAAAAAAAAUGUGAAAAUGAAAUGUUAAGUAAAAGUAAGAAAAAACAAAGUACAAAAUAUAAUGUUUAUGAAGGAUAUGAUAAAGAAUUUUAUAAAAUACUUAAAAGUAACAAUGUUGGAAACCUUGAUAAUUUUUUGGAUUUAUUAAGUAAUGAAAAUGAAUGUAAAAAUAUUGAUGGAAAAGGAGGAAAAAUUGAUUUUAAUAACACUGAUAAUAAAACAUUUUCGCAUUCGGAAUAUUGUGAAGAAUGUCCCGACUGUGGGGUCGAAAAGAAAGAUAAUGGAGAAUUUCAAAAGAAAGAGAAAAAUAAUGGUGAAUGCAAAGGUGGAAAACGUUAUGAGAUUCCAAAUCAUGCCAAAUUUAAUGAAAUUAAUGUCCUUUCCUUCGGUGAUAAAGGCGAAGAUAGAGAAACAAAAUUAAAGAAAUUUUGCGAAACAAAAAAUGGUAGUGCUGGUGGUGGUGGUGGUAGUAAUAGCGAAAUCAAGGAACUAACUGAACAAUGGAAAUGUUAUGAAGAGAAAGAUAUAAAAAAACUCGUUGAGAAUGACCUGGAAUAUAACAAGGAGGUAAAAGGUUCAGGUGGAAUAUGUAUAUUGCAAAAGACGAACGGCGAAGAAAAUGGGAAAAAGCAAAAGACAUUCAAUGAUUUUUUUCACUUUUGGGUACGACAUUUAUUGAACGAUUCUAUAGAAUGGCGAGAAAAACUUGAUAAAUGUUUAAAAAAUGGUACGAAAAUACUAUGUAAAAAUGGAUGUAACAAAAAUUGUAAAUGUUAUGAAAGCUGGGUUGAAGAAAAAAAAAAAGAAUGGGGGGAAAUCAAAAAACAUUUUGACACGCAAGAAGAUAUUAAAAAUUCAACAGGAGUGGAUCCUAUCGUAACUCUUGAAUAUGUUUUGGAAGAGUUUUAUUUUCCACUUAUUCAAGAAGCUUAUGGAGAUGCACAAGCAAUAGAAGGAAUUAAGAAAACAUUACAUAGCAAAGAAAAUCAGCAAACAGAUGCUACCGACACUAAAAAUAAGACCUUACUUGAUUACUUGCUCCAUCACGAAGAACAAGACGCCGAUAAAUGCGUAAGAAAUAAUCCAGAUAAGGACUGCCCCAAAAAACCACCCACUGGAGGUCCUGGUGGCGUCCACUCCGACACCGCCUCAGAAGACAUCACCCACCACGACUCCUCCCACGAUGAAUCCGAAGGCUCAGAAGACGAAGAAGAAGAAGAAGAGGAGGACAAGGAGGAGGAAGGUGAAGAUGGUGAAGACGUCCAGGACGACGUAGCCGAGGAGGACACGGCAAAGGAGGAGGGGUCGUCAACCACAGAGACACAACUACCAGACGCUUGCAAUAUAGUAAAAACACUAUUUGAGAGCACCAAAAAUUUUGAAGAUGCCUGUCCAACCAAAUACGGCCCAAAGGCACCCACAAGUUGGAAGUGCAUACCAAGUGGUGACAAAGCAGCCACAAGUGGUGAGGGUGACAGUGGUCCCUCACGUAAACGACGUGACACCACUGGUGGUGAAUCCACCACAUCUAGUAGUGCCACCACUGGUGGUAAAGACGGAGCCACUGGUGGUAGUGUUUGUGUGCCACCCAGGAGGCGACGAUUAUACAUACAUAAAGUGGACGACAACGUGAAGGACGACGCGUCAUUACGUAAGUGGUUUAUCGAGAGUUCUGCUGUAGAAACUUUUUUUUUGUGGCAUGAAUACAAAAUGGAGAAAAAAAGAGAGGAUAUAGAAAAACAGAAAGCAAAUGAAAAAGUUGUAGAUACAUCAAAUGUUGGAGAAGAACUUCAAAAUGAUUUAGAAGGAAAUGGUACUAUCCCCGAAGAGUUUAAACGUCAAAUGUUCUAUACAUUAGGAGAUUAUAAAGACAUAUUUGAGGGGAAGAGUAUAGAGGUUGGUGACGAGAAGGACAAGCAGAAAAUGAAAGAAAUAGAAAAGAAAAUACAAGCACAUAUAAAUAGUGGUUCCUCAUCUCCUCCUCAUGGAACACCUGGUCAACCAAAUAGUGUCACAACCCCCCAACAAACCUGGUGGAGUAGAAACGCCCCUUCCAUCUGGAAAGGAAUGAUUUGUGCACUAACAUAUAAAGAAGAUGGCGAAAAAUCAACAGACGACAAAACAACAUUAAAGAGGAAUGAUGAUGUCUACGAGAAAAUUUUCGGGAAACCCCCCAAUAACGACAACCCCCAAAACCCCAACAACGGCACAUUCCACAAAAAAUACCAUUACGAUAGUGUCAGACUUAAAGAUGAUGAUGAUCAAAGUGGUGACAAACUCCAAAGCACCUCAGCCCCUAGUGAUACACCCACCCUCAACAACCCCAAAUUGAGUGAUUUCGUGUUACGCCCCACCUACUUCCGAUACCUUGAAGAAUGGGGAGAGAGUUUCUGUGGUACGCGGAAGAGGAUGUUGGAACAACUUGAAAAAGUAUGUCGUAGUGGUGAGACAGGUAAAGAACAUUGUAGUGGGGAUGGACAUGUUUGUGAAAAAGACUAUCUUAACCAUAAUAAUAUGUUUGCAGAUUCAUAUUGUCCUGAUUGUAAGAAAGCAUGUAGAAAAUAUAAAAAAUGGAUAGAAAAAAAAUUAGAAGAAUUUCAAAAACAAAAAGAUAAAUAUAAAGGGGAACUUGAUAAAUUAACAAAAGAUAAAUCUGGUGGUGAUAAGAAAUUUUGUGAAGAAAUAAAAAAUCAUUCGUCUGCUGCAAAUUUUUUGAAAGAAUUGAAACAUGGCAAAGAUAAUCAAGGUAAUAGUGAUCAAGAUAAUAAACUAGAUUUUGAGAACAUUCCUCAGACAUUUUCUCGUUCAACGUAUUGUAAAACAUGUCCUCCCAAUAAAGUUAAUUGUAGUAGUGGUAGUAAAAGUCGUACAAGUGGUGGUACAAAUAGAUGUACAGAAGUUAAAAAAAAUGGAGAGACGUGGGAAAAGGUUUUUGAUAAAAUAGCUAAAAACAAUGGAAAGACUACUACUAUUGAUGUCCAUAUGAUUGAUCGUAGGGCACCGUUUAUUAAAAAAUAUUUAGAAAAUUCAAAAAAUUCAGAAGAAUCAAAUAAUUCACUCUUUAAGGAUUCAUAUCUUUUUAAAAGUGUAAGAGAUCAAAACUGGGAGUGUAAAUUUGAAAAUGAAAAUAAGGAUGUAUGUAAAUUAAAAAAUUUUAAUGACAAAAUAGAUCUCAAUCAAUAUACUACAUUUAAAGUAUUGCUAAUAUAUUGGUUAGAAGAUUUUAUAGAAGGUUAUUAUAUAUUGAAAAAAAGAAAAGUAUUCGAACAAUGUAAAGAAAAUGGAGAAAAUACAUGUAGUGAAGAAUCUAAAAACUAUUGUGCAUGUGUGAAAGUAUGGUUAGAAAAAAAGAAAAAUGAAUGGGAUCAAAUAAAAAAACAUUUUAAAGAUCGAAAAUCGGAUGAUGGUGAUACUGUUGUGUCUAAAGUUAGAAAUUUCUUGGAGACCUUGAUACCUCGAAUUGCUCCUAAAAAAAAUAAUGGAGAAGUUACAGAAUUAAGUGAUUUAGAAAAGUCACUUGGAUGUAAUUGCGCUGGGAGAGCAGAAAAUAGUAAAGAAGAUGAAAAAGAAGAUGUUGUUCUAUGUUUGCUCACAAAGCUUGAAGAUAAAGCAAACAAGUGUAAAGAAGACCAAAAACCUAAUGGCGAAAACCAAGCACAAACGUGUGAAAAAUCCGCCCCCGUUGAAGACGAAGACGAUGAACCCCUUGAAGAGGAAAACCCAGUUACACAACCGAACAUUUGUCCGAAAGUGGAAACAACAGAAGAAACAGUGGAUGAAGGCAAGUGUGAAGAAGACACAGUCACUCCUAGUCUUGGACCCAAAGAUGAUAGUGAAAAAGAUGAAAAAAAAGAGGAAAAUAGUGAAGACACAACGGCAGCAGAAGGAGAAGAAAAUGGUGCUCCUGGAUCUAGUGGCACACCUCCACCUCCCCCUGCGGCGCCUCCAUCAACCCCAGCAAAAACAAAAGAAAGCAAAAAACCAAAAUCAACAAAAAAACCUCGAAUCAAAACCCUUAAUGUAUUGGACCACCCCGCUGUCAUACCCGCCCUCAUGUCUUCUACCAUCAUGUGGAGUAUUGGUAUUGGUUUUGCUACAUUCACUUAUUUUUAUCUAAAGAAAAAAACCAAAUCAUCUGUUCGAAAUUUAUUCCAAAUACUGCAAAUACCUAAAGGUGAUUAUGAUAUACCGACAAAACUUUCACCCAAUAGAUAUAUACCUUAUACUAGUGGUAAAUACAGAGGCAAACGGUACAUUUACCUUGAAGGAGAUAGUGGAACAGAUAGUGGUUACACCGAUCAUUAUAGUGAUAUAACUUCCUCAGAAAGUGAGUAUGAAGAGAUGGAUAUUAAUGAUAUAUAUGUACCAGGUAGUCCUAAAUAUAAAACAUUGAUCGAAGUGGUACUUGAACCAUCAAAAAGUAAUGGUAACACACUAGGUGAUGAUAUGGUACCUACCACUAAUACAUUUACAGAUGAGGAAUGGAAUGAACUAAAACAUGAUUUUAUAUCUAAUAUGUUACAAAAUCAACCAAAUGAUUAUAAAAGUGAAGAUAUUCCAUUGAAUACACAACCGAAUACUUUAUAUUUUAAUAAACCUGAGGAAAAACCUUUUAUUACUUCUAUUCAUGAUAGAAAUUUAUAUAGUGGAGAAGAAUAUAGUUAUAAUAUUAAUAUGAGUACUAAUAGUAUGGAUGAUAUUCCAAUUAAUCGUGAUAAUAAUGUAUAUUCUGGUAUCGAUUUAAUUAAUGACACAUUAAGUGGUAAUCAACAUAUUGAUAUAUAUGAUGAAGUGCUAAAAAGAAAAGAAAAUGAAUUAUUUGGAACAAAACAUCAUACAAAACGUACGAGUACACAAAACGUCGCCAAACCUGCACGUGACGACCCCAUACACAACCAAUUAGAUUUGUUCCAUAAAUGGUUAGAUAGACAUAGAGACAUGUGCAAAAAGUGGAAUAAUAAGGAGGGAUUAUUAGAUAAAUUAAAAGAAGAAUGGAAUAAAGAUACUAAUAGUGGUAAACUAAGUGACAACAUACAUAGUGAUAAUAAACCUGGUGACAUACCUAGUGAUAAUCAUGUUUUAAAUAGUGAUGUUUCUAUUCAAAUAGAUAUGGGUAAUCCUAAAUAUAUAAAUCAGUUUACAUGUGUGGAUAGUAACCCCAACCUAACCUUACGGUCUAACCCAAACCUUAUGGGAAACCAAAACCCCAACCUCAACCUUGUGGAAAAUAACAUCAACCCAAACCACCAAAACCAAAACCAAGUGGGUGACACUAAUUUUGUGGAUACCCCCACCAACCCCACCAAUGUACAAAUUGAAAUGGAUGUAAAUACCAAAUUGGUGAAAGAGAAAUAUCCUAUAGGAGAUGUGUGGGAUAUAUAA